AUGGCCCAGUCCCCUCCUCUGCAGGGCCUCCUCGGCCACGACCACUGGAUCUUCCCGCAGGGUUGGGGCUGGACCGGCCACUCGGACUCCACGUCCCCGGCCUCCUCCUCGGAUUCGUCGGGCUCCUGCCCCUGCGACCGUGCCCGCGGCCCCUCGCAGCCGGCGCCCCCUGCCCGCAGCGCCUCAGAGGCCGCCUCGAUGGCACCUGGACGUGCGCGGAGCCGGCCAGGAAGCGGGCAGCGGCAGAGCGCCAGUGAGCGCGAGAAGCUGCGCAUGCGCACGCUCGCCCGCGCCCUGCACGAGUUGCGCCGCUUUCUGCCGCCGUCCGUGGCGCCUGCCGGCCAGAGCCUGACCAAGAUCGAGACGCUGCGUCUGGCCAUCCGCUACAUCGGCCACCUGUCGGCCGUGCUGGGCCUCAGCGAGGAGAGCCUGCAGCGCCGGCGCCGGCGGCACAGCGACGCAGUGGUCCCUCGAGGCUGCCCGCUGUGCCCCGACGGCGGCCCCGCGCAGGCGCAGACGCAGACGCAAGGGUGCGGCCCUGGCUCAGCCGCUAGCGCCACGGUGUCCUGGGGGUCCCCGCCCGUCUGUCCCGGAGCCCUAGCGGCGCCCGAGCGCCUGGGGAGCAGGGUGUCUGAUAUGGGUCCCUGGGUGACACUCCCUUACUGCCCCGGGAUGCAGUCGCCCCCGCAGCUGUCCCAAGGGAGAGCCCCUGACGCAGCUCGUUGGACGCCGCCCCAAGCCUGUUCCGGAACGCAGACACCCCCAGAGCCCCGGGACCAGGCCACGCCCUGGACCUCGCCCCCCGCAGUGGAGCUGGCUGCAGUGUACCAGGGAAUCUCUAUGUCUCCAGAGCCUUGUCUGUUGCCAGAAACCCCUCCUGUCCUGCCCCGCCCAGCAUGCCAGAGACUCCAGCCUGAGACCCAGUGGGGAUGCUGGAGCCACAGUGCAGAGGUGCUGCCCAGCUCGGAGGACCAGGGACCAGGCCCCGCCUUCCAGCUCAGUGAUGAAAGCCCUCCCCAGAGCUCAGGCCUACAGCUCAGUGGCUGCCCUGAAUUUUGGCAAGAAGAUUUGGAGGGGACUCACCUGGGCAUCUUCUACUAAUGGCCUUGGCUGCCCACUUUCCAGCCAGGAAUCAGGCCUGUAGCGUGGGGUGUCCUCCUCACCUGCUACUUCACUAGUAUUCAGGCUUUGUUUUAGCCAAGGAUCCCUUUUCCAAGGGAUGUCUUUCAUGGAAGCAGUGUUUGAAACAGCUACGGGUGGCCUCCCUGGCUGAAGUCGGGGCUGGGGCAGUCCCUCCACUCCUAGAUGCCCCCCAGAACGACCAGUGUUCUGCAGAGCACAACCUGAGCUGCAGUAACAUGCGUUGUUUGACCACAGUGGUU